GCCGUUGUUUGUAGCGUGCGGAUGCGAUCGAUGUUUUGUGGCGAUUUUGUUGAGGUUUCGCGUUGAGCAUGAGCCUACCGGGUAGCGGCGUGAACAUGUCGGCGAUAAUGUCGCAGCACCCGGUGCUGGGCGCUAUACCGCCGUCGUUUUUUCUCAGGGCUUCGGAGCGGUACCAGAGAACGCCCAAGUGCGCGAGGUGCAGGAAUCAUGGAGUGGUGUCAGCACUUAAAGGCCACAAGAGGUACUGCCGUUGGAGGGAUUGCAACUGCGCCAAAUGCACCCUUAUUGCCGAACGGCAAAGAGUUAUGGCCGCCCAGGUAGCUCUCAGACGUCAGCAAGCACAGGAAGAGAACGAAGCCAGAGAAUUGGGUAUAAUUUUCCCCACGCCAGCCCCGGCAUUGACCGAGGGUCCUUUGCCCCCUCUAACCCCUCCAGAACCUAACGCUCCCUUGGAAUUGGGCGCAGGUCAAACGACGUUCUUGCAUCAGAGAAAAACACCACCGGGCGCUGCAGAACCAGCCAGUCCAGCAACCAAACGUUCCCGCACCACCCCCGACGACUCCGACUCCGACCAAGACCAAGACCACCGCCGGCCUACCUCACGCAGUCCGGCACCCCCUCCACCUCCGUCUAUGCUCUCUGCUCAUCAACAGCCGCCCCAAAUAACCAUGUGCCCCUCGCCACCCGAAGAACUCACGGCCAGCCCGGAUGCCGACCUGGACGUGGAGGAGGAUGACGAGGACGUCCAGCACGAGACGCCCGAGAACCUGUCGCUGAAGCGGGAGAAGAUGCAGAGUCCGGAACCGGUCAGUGGGGGGCAGGAGGGGAGUUUCGGCGGGUUCCAUCAUAAUCCUUUUAUUGGGCAGUUCCCGACGCCGCAGCAGUUGCAGCAGAUUCAGCCUCCGUCGCAGAGGUCGCCGGUGAAUAUACUGAUGAGGGUGUUUCCUGGGAGGAGGAGGUCGGACGUAGAGGCUAUUUUGCAAAGAUGUCGAGGCGAUAUCCUCCAAGCCAUGGAACUAAUGAUCGGCGGAGUAUCCGACGAACCCUCCAUACCAUCCGCUUUCUCCCCAUUGGGCGUACCGUACCACCUACAAAGGUACAGCCCUCCCAGGAGGUUCCUGGCCGCACCCUACGCUGGUACCGGAUACCUGUCAUCCGUUAUCCGACCUCCAGCGGAUUACAUCUCUCUGGUGGGGUCGCUGCAUGACACCACAGCCUCAUCACCUGCUUCCAAUACGAGUUCGGAUAAGACGUCGUACUCUGAGUAGCUUUACAGGUAAAGGUAAUGUGCUUUACCUUGAAUAGGAUAGACUUUGUUGAUGUUGGUCGGACUUGGGUUGGAGAUGUGCUUGUUGAGUGUCAGAAUGGUUACUUUGAUCUUAUUGUUUUUCUCUGAGAUUAAUUUGGAUUAAUUUUUUUUUUCGAAAAAUUGUUAUUCAUGACUCAAACGCACAUGCAAAAUAUAGGAUAAUAUUAAA